AUGACACACCAGCCUCCGUCUAUCUCUGAGUCUGAUCGGCAACGGACAUCCUAUCCCCGUCGGCCCGACAACGUCAUCAGGUAUGACACACCGGCCCUCGCUUCUCCACCAAAGUCCCCUAAAAAUGCCAGCAGCCGCCGUAGCACAGUCGCUUAUGUAACGCCUGUGCCAAAGGAUUUGCCCGACCGCCCCCGCGCUUUCAAACGCCUCGCGGACGAGCGUCACCCACGCCUCCAACGCGCGCUGCCCGAAGCCGUAUUCGACCAACUCAGUCGAGAACGCGAAGCAGGCGCCCCACAUCAGUACACCACCACCGAACUCAGAGCCGUCGUCAGGCACGUCUCCACACUCCCGCCACCUUCCACCGCGCUCCCGACUAUCGACUGGGACGCCGUCGAGCAAGCCAAACUCGCAGCGCACGACGAUCGCCAGCACUUCCAAGCGCAACGCAAUCAAGCUAACGCUAGGCGAAACGCGCACGCCAGCGCCUCUUCCAGCCGACCUCUGGCGGAUCGCCUUGCCGCUGCCCCUACCUACACACCCAUCGCCCCGAAGCCCAUCACCAUCAACUUCUCCUGCUACUCAGCCGCCGACCUCGCUCGCAUCUUCGCGCCGAAAUUUGCGGCCACCCUCAAGCGCUUCAACGUCCUCGAAACGCUCGACUGUCCCGACGUUCUAACUGACAACAUCAGCGCUGCCUUCAAACUCCGCGACCGCCUCGCCCACCUCGAUCGCACCCUCAAGGACGUAUCUCGUGUCAUUAGCAUUGAGGAGUGGAACCGCUGGGACUCAGGAUUGAAGCAGAUCGGAGGGAUCUCGUUCAAAGGACUACGGCGUAACCGAGUCCAAGUUUUUAAAUCACUUCGUGCAGUUUGGGUCAACGGCCCCUUCGAUUAG